AUGAUGUCCGGCCGCGAAGUUACCGGAGCCUUCGCCGGCAUAGCCGGCGGCCACAUCGAGUGGAUCAACUCGCGGUGCGUGGUGCGGGCGGUCACGGGGACCGUGAGAUCACGCGUGAGGACGUGGAGCAGCGUGUAUCGAUGCGCCAAGGCGAUCGUCAUACCGAUGGACCGCGAGGUCGUCCACGUCAUCCCGCAGGAGUUCACCGUCGAUCAGCAGGACGGCGUCCGGGACCCGGUGGGGAUGAUGGGCGUGCGGCUGGAGGCGGAGGUGCAUAUCAUCACCGGUGCGGUGUCGUCGGCGCAGAACAUCAUUCGCUGCAUCAAUCGCGCCGGCUUCAAGGCCGACGACAUCGUCCUGGAGCCGCUGGCGGCUGCGGCGGCGGUGCUGAGCAAGGACGAGCAGGAGCUGGGCGUGUUGCUGGUCGAUAUCGGCGGCGGCACCACCGACAUCCUGGUCUAUCUGGACGGGGCGCCGUACCAAACCGGCGUGCUGGCUCUCGGCGGGGACCAGGUCACGAGCGAUAUCUCCAUCAUGCUGAAGACGCCCUCUGGAGGUUGCCGAGCGUCUGAAGCACGAGGCGGGGAGCUGUCAUCCGGACGAUCUGGAUGA